UCUCGCUCUCAUCCUCUCGUCUUCACCUCAUCGGCCAAUCCGACAUGCCAGAGUCCAAGGGCCGCGUUCUCCUCGCCUACUCCGGAGGUCUUGACACCUCAUGUAUCCUCGCUUGGCUCAUCGAACAGGGCUAUGAAGUCAUCGCGUUCAUGGCCGAUGUCGGUCAGGAGGAGGACUUCGAGGCUGCGCGCAAGAAGGCUCUCGCUGUUGGUGCGAAGAAGUUCUACCUCGAGGACUUGAAGCGCGAGUUCGUUACUGAGCUAAUCUACCCCGCACUCCAGGCGAACUGCAUCUACGAGAAUGUCUACCUGCUCGGCACUUCCCUCGCGCGCCCCAUCAUUGCCCGCGGCAUGAUGUCUGUCGCCGAGAAGGAGGGCUGCGACUACGUCUCGCACGGCUGCACCGGCAAGGGCAACGACCAGGUCCGCUUUGAGCUCGCCUUCUACGGCCUCAAGCCCGACAUCAAGGUCAUCGCCCCCUGGCGCAUCCCCGAGUUCUACCGCCGCUUCGCCGGCCGCCAGGCGCUCCUCGCCUACGCCGCCGAGAAAAACAUCCCCGUCCAGCAGACCGCGGCGAAGCCCUGGUCGACGGACGAGAACCUCUUCCACAUCUCGUACGAGGCCGGCAUCCUCGAGGACCCCAACACGACGCCCCCCGCGGACAUGUGGAAGCUCACGGUCGACCCCGAGCUCGCGCCGCAGACGCCGCAGCGGAUCUCGAUCGAGUUCGCGCAGGGCCUGCCCGUGAAGGUCGAGGUGCCGGACGAGGGCAAGACGUACACGGACGGCGUGGAGAUCUUCCUCGCGCUGAACGCGCUCGCGCGCAAGCACGGGAUCGGGCGGAUCGACAUCGUCGAGAACCGGUUCAUCGGCGUCAAGUCGCGCGGGUGCUACGAGUCCCCGGGCGCGACGAUCCUGCGCGCGGCGCACGUCGACCUCGAGGGCCUCACGCUCGACCGCAACGUGCGCGCGCUGCGCGACCAGUUCGUCACGAUCGAGCUGAGCCGGAUACUGUACAACGGGCACUGGUUCACGCCCGAGCGCGAGUUCGUCGCGAGCGCGAUCCCCGCGAGCCAGCGCACGGUGAACGGCGUCGUCAGGCUGAAGCUGUACAAGGGGAACGUGGUCGUCGAGGGGCGCGUCUCGGACGAGGGCCUGUACGACGAGAAGGAGAGCUCGAUGGACGAGCUGGGCGGGUUCGAGCCCACGGACACGACGGGCUUCAUCGCGAUCGAGUCGAUCCGGAUCAAAAAGUGGGCACAGGCGAACAUCCGCAAGGGCCGCGUUUGAGUCUCGUAUGACUAGCAGGGAGGGUCGACCAAAAAUCAUAUAGACUGUAAUAUCAUCCCAGUAUGUACGUGUCGUUGAGUGUGGGAGAUGGAGUCAAUGGACGAUAUAUUAGACAGGCAUCCUGUGCUCGAAGUGCGUGUCACAUGUAUUUCCCGAGGCCGCGUGUUGCUUUU